CCGAAAGGUGACCUUGCAAUUGCAAGCGUAGCGCUGUCAUGGCUGUUGUUCCAAAAAUGAUUUCUACCCUGAAACAUCUAUUCGCAACACUGUGGAAUGCAAAGAUUAAAGUGGAGCCAUUGGUUUUUCUCUAUAUGUUUGUUUGGUCAUUCUAUGCACCACUGUACCAGCAAUACUACUAUGUGAGAUUUGGAACGAGUCUAUUGCAAGAUACAAGCUUCCCCUUGUUAAAUAGUUCGCAACCGUAUUGCCUCAACAACUCUGAAAUUGUGAAAUAUGCUAGCGAAGCAGGGAGUCAUCAGGUUCAAUCUCUCUCGAACACUUUACUUUCAUAUGGACAGCUGGCAAAUCGAGUACCUUCGAUAAUUAUUGUUUUUAUUAUUGGUCCUCUGUCAGACCGGUAUGGACGUAAGGCUGUGCUGCUUGUUUCAGCCAUUGGGUUGGCGUUGCAGUCGGUAUUAGCAGUGAUAAUCACUAUGCAAAAUCUGAGCCCAUACUGGUUUAUUCUUGCCAACCUUUUGUCUGGUGUAUGCGGUGACAUAACUGGUAUUCUGGCUGGUGCCUUUUCCUAUGUGUCCGACGUAAGCUCAAAAAGGUGGAGAUCAUUUCGAAUAGGUUAUACUUGUGCCAUGUUUGAAGUAGGUGUAGCACUAGGGAGCUUUUUGUGUGGGCUAUGGCUUAGUAAUACCAAUUGUGAUUUUAUUCCUCCAAUGUGGCUCGUUAUGGGUUGUUCAAUUGGAAUUGUGGCUUGGAUUCUUAUUCUUGUCAAAGAAUCCUUAACGGAUAAAGACAAGGUUAAAGCGAAAGAAACCCAUCCACAGCUGUACACAGUUUUAUUGAACGGGCUCAAGCUGUUUGCUAAGGGUCCCUCACUUUGGAAACGAUGGGCUGCAGUUAUAACUUUGGACAUUCUAUUUAUAAAUGCUGUUGGCAGCUCACUAGUAAUUGUUUACUUUUUGAAGUCACCGCCAUUUGAUGCUGAACCUGUAACUAUCGGUAUUUACCAAGCACUCGUUUCAUUGUCCAGUGCGAUAUGUGCUUCAGCUGUAAUAUUUGUAACAAGUGUUGUUUUGAAAUUACCAGAUUCAGUAAAUGCCUUUCUUGGUGUUUUCUUUCAGUUUGCUGCAAAUAUGCUGAUGGGAUUUGCAAGAACAAAUAUGGAGAUAUAUUUCAUUGCACUUGUACAUGGAGUUCAAGUGAUGGGUUUUGCCUCACUGAGAACAAUGUUAUCCAAGUUAGUUUCACCAGAGCAGCAAGGUGCUCUGUUCUCUGUGGUUGUGUCUUCAGAGUCUGUAGCUGCUCUACUAGCGAGUCUCUUGUGGCCACUUAUUCUUCCAGUAAUGCUCGAUAUAAAACUGCUUUGUAAUUCAGGAUCAAUAUAUUUUGUGAUGGCCGGCUUCAAUGUGGUGGCAGCACCUCUUGUGAUGUGGUAGCAAAAACGAGAAUUAUAUCAAACUACUACCAUUGGUAAGUACAUAUGGCUAACGAAUAACAUAUGUUGGCGGGAUAUUUGUAGUGGCUGGAAUGUACACGACAUAUGCAUUGUGACAAUUAGUGGUGACCUCCAUCGACUGGCAUUCGAUUCAAGGACACCUGCUUUCUUUCACAACAAGUUUUUUAUUGCGAGAGAUAGGACAGUAAUGGACUGUGCAGAAAAUAAACUUCUUAGGAGAAAAUUAAUAGAGAGGAAUACCAAAAAGAAGUAUAGGUUUACUUUACAGUUGUAUGCAAAAGUUUCAAACCUGUGAUGAGUUCCAAACAUGAUUUCCAAUCUUGCCUGUAUAAAAAAGAGAUCAACAAGGAAUGCAAGUGCAAAUAACGCACAGGAAA